AUUGAGAACCCACUAUCCAGUACUCUGCUUCUGCGGCAAGUUUUAAUCUUUUGGGCUUUUUGGGAUCGGUUCAGUGUGAAAGAUUCUUGCUUUUUGGGAUAGUUGACAGCUUGAAUUCUGGGUCAUUUCUAAAAAUUUUGCUGUUCUUGGAUUGUGGGAGCUUCAGGUGGCUGGCUGUUUGAUUUGUUGACCUUUGUAUUGAAUUGGUGAGUGUUUGCUAUUUUGUUCGGAAGUGGUUGGCUUUUGUGGAUGUUUCAUGUAGAGGAUUUUUGAAGCAUGGUGUUGAAACUUUGGUGGCCUUAACUUGAAGAUUGUGGUUGGAGAUUUUGGGUUUGAAUUUUGAUAAUUUAGUGUCUCAGUGGUGUGGUUUUGAUUUGCUGAUUCUGCAUGAGUAGGCAUUAAGGGGUCCUCUGCUCUUUGUGGAGGAUCCCUUUGAAACUCAAAAUUGGGUAUUGAACUGUUCAUCUCGAGGAGCUUGUGAAUUUAAGGACUCCUUAGCUACUUGACUUCGGCAUUUCUGAGGAGAAAAAUCAAGUUGGGCACUUGUUCAAUUUGCAUUUAGUGAAUUGCUUUGUUUUGGUAUAUAUCUGAGAAAUGUUUGGUUCCGGUUCAGAAGCUGGUAAUGAAAAUAGUGGAAUUUCGGGGCAGCUCUUAAUUCCCAUGCGGUUUGUGUGGCCUUAUGGUGGAAGAAGGGUGUAUCUAAGUGGUUCCUUUACCAGGUGGACAGAGCAUAUACCUAUGUCUCCUAUGGAGGGUUGCCCCACUGUGUUUCAAGUUAUAUGUAACUUGUCACCUGGUUAUCAUCAGUAUAAAUUUUAUGUCGAUGGAGAGUGGCAUUAUGAUGAGCACCAGCCAUUUGUAAGUGGGAACUAUGAUGUGGUUAACACUAUUGUUAUCGGUAGAGAACCAGAUACGGUUCCUACAAAUUUUAGUCCAGCAGCAACUGUUAGACCAUCCCACAUGGAGGUAGAUGAAGCUUUUAGUCAUCCUGAAAUGGUUCCACUGGCCAGUAUUUCUGAGGCUGAUUUAGAGAUCUCUCGUCAACGCAUAUCCACGUUCUUGUCUACACACACUGCAUAUGAGUUGCUUCCAGAGUCAGGCAAGAUCAUUGCCUUGGAUGUUAAUUUACCUGUGAAGCAGGCAUUUCACAUUCUCCAUGAACAGGGUGUCCCUGUUGCUCCACUCUGGGACUUUUGCAAGGGUCAGUUUGUUGGAAUUCUUAGUGCAUUGGACUUUAUCCUUAUUCUAAAAGAGCUGGGGAAUCAUGGUUCAAAUUUGACUGAGGAAGAGUUGGAGACUCACACAAUAUCAGCUUGGAAAAAGGGAAAGAUGCAUCUACAUAGACAAAUUGAUGGCAACACAGGAUCAUAUCCUAGACGUCUUGUUCAUGCUGGGCCAUAUGAUUGCUUGAAAGAUGUUGCUCUAAAAAUUUUGCAAAACAAGGUGGCCACGGUUCCCAUUAUCCAUUCUUCUUCACAGGAUGGCUCAUUUCUGCAGAUACUUCAUCUAGCCACAUUAUCUGGAAUACUAAAAUGUAUAUGCAGGAAUUUUAAACAUUCUUCUCGUUCCUUGCCCAUUCUUCAACAACCAAUUUGUUCAAUUCAGUUAGGUACGUGGGUUCAGGAAAUUGCAGACAUUAAAGGACAGCCUUCAACAUUGAAACAGCCUUUGGUGAUGUUAAAUAAAAAUGCUUCUCUUGGUGAUGCCUUAUCAUUGUUGGUUCAAGCUGAAGUAAGUUCAAUUCCAAUAGUGGAUGAGAAUUACUCAUUGGUUGACGUAUACUCACGAAGCGAUAUAACUGCUUUGGCAAAAGAUAAAGCUUAUGCACAAAUUCAUCUUGAUCAAAUAAGUAUCCUGCAGGCAUUACAACUAGGACAAGAUACAAAUUAUCCUUAUGGCUUCUUGAAAGAACAGAGAUGUCAAAUGUGUCUACGAUCUGAUCCUCUACAAAACGUGAUGGAGCGACUGGCAAACCCCGGGGUUAGGAGACUUGUAAUUGUGGAGGCCGGCAGCAAGCGCGUUCAAGGGAUAAUAUCAUUGAGUGAUGUGUUCAGGUUCUUGCUUGGCGUUUAGCUGCGGGAGGGGUUUACCAAGGUGGUGGAUGAUGAGGAAGGAAGGACCCAUUUGUUCAUUGGUUCAUUUUCUUUUGUCUCUGCUGCACCCUCAAGAUGGGAUGGGAUGGGAUGGGAUGGGAUGGGAUGGGAUGGGAUGAGCUUGAUGCUUCUUAGCCCUCUGCUUCUCCCUUCUCUAGGAUAGAAAAUUCAAAGAGCAAGAAAAGAAUAUGUAAAUCGUGAGAAUCCAAAAUUUUUCAUUUCAGUAACCUAGUUAUUGUCAACUCAACCAUGCUGCUGAAGCGUCUCUCCCUUAUUAUUCUACUGCUAACACAAGCUUUACCUCCUAAAGAUUAGGAGGAAAAUCAUCUUAAAAUUACGUCGUUUUAAUAAACUUUUAUUGAAAAA